CUUUUAGUUAGAGAGCAAAUCUAUAAUUUUUUAAGAACUCUCUCUUUUCAAAAGACUAGCUCUUGGCCAUAAAUAGGGCUUAUCCUUAUCUCUGUAUCAGGCUGAUAAUGGCCUUUGUUCUGUUGCCCAAUGAUAAGCCAUAAAACGGAUCUCAAUUGUCAAUUGUACAGAAGCAAUUUGGCCAAGUGCAGGUGCAGGUGCAGUGCAUAUCGUAAUGAGCAAACCAUCUUUUAACCACCAGCUGAUCCACCUGCUCGGGCUGUGGCUGUGCUGCCUCGUUCUGCAGCCCGCUAAAGCUAUUGUGUGCUAUCACUGCGAUUCUAUCGCUCUGCCCGAAUGCGCCCAGACCCUAGGCGAGGUGGGUGUGUUGCCCUACAAGGAGUGCGCCACGGAGUUGACCUGUGCCAUGUCCAUAGUGGAUUCGAUAACGUAUCGUGGCUGUGGUGCAGAGACGCCCACCACUGAGGCCAGCUAUUCAAAGAGGUGUUCCAGCAACCUUUGCAAUGCGGGCGUCUAUCCACCUGGACGACUCAAGUGUCAUCACUGUGCAGGCGAGAGCUGUGUGGCUGCACCUGCUGGUAAGCCACAUCCCUGUCUUUAUCAUCGCGAAGAGGAUCAGUGCUAUACGGAAAUUGUAAGCUCGACAAUGGGCUAUCGUGGCUGCAGCUCCGAUACGAAUCACACGGCAGCUGCCACAGCGCAACUGUGCGAGAUUAAUGGCUGCAAUGAUGCACUGGGCGCCUGGACGCUGAGCUGUGCCAGCUGUGACUCACUCAAGGCACGCGGCUGCAAAAUGGAUCUCUUUCAGCUAGGCAGUCGAUGCAAUGUCAGCCAGUUCGAGCAGUGCGAACAGCAACUGCUGCUUGGCCAGGAGCAGGAGCAAUACUGCUACACAUAUAGACAGCUGGGUCGAGUGGUGCGUGGUUGUUCCGCCGAGUUGCCGGAGGAAUUAGAGUCACAUCGAGCGCAGCUGGAGACCUGUGCUAGCGCAGACAAUUGCAAUGCUGGCUGUUUGCCACAGCAGCGUUGCCUGACCUGCAACUCGUUGGAGAAGGAAACAUGUCGCAGCAAUGCAACAGCUUUGACAAGUCACGUUUGCGGCUCUGCCGAAGCAUCAUCUUGCUUUACGUGCGAGUACGCUGAUUGGCAGCUGAAACGCGGCUGUGGUGCACCGCCUACCGAUUCAGAAAUCCUCAACUGCUAUGAAUGUGAUGAGAACAGCGAUCAGCAGGCCUGCAAUUCGGUCGACUUUACGCGCUGCUAUCGAUGCAGCAGUGACAAUGCCGCUGGCUGUGCCAACUGGGAGAAACCGGGUGGCAUUGAUAUCGAGCAGUGCGCAGUGCCUGCAGCACCUUGCCUGGUGGUCAACUAUGUCAAUGGCACCACAGAGCGUGGCUGUCAACGCACAGAUUUUAAUUGCAACAGCGCAACUGUUGCCAGCUGUCGCAGCUGCGAGGGCAGCUUCUGCAACAAAGGUCCCUAUCCGGAGCAGCGUCUGUGGUGUCAUCAGUGCAGCAAUUGUGAUCAAGUGCAGAGUGGGCAACAUGCAGUGCCCUGUGGACUUCUAGCCAAUGAGCCGGCUGAUCAAACAGCUGCCUGUCUGGAAUACUACGAUGCGCAAAUUGAGCAGGUGGUGCGCGGCUGUCGCUCCAAUGGACAACUCUACUACGAGUGCAUGCUGCGCGCCGGCGGACAGACGGGCUGUCGUCUGUGCCAAAGUCAUGGCUGCAAUGCAACGCCCGGGCAACAGCUACGUGGAGCGCUUCAGUUGGAACAAGUGGAACCGGAACAGUUGGCUCUUCUAAGUCAGCUGAAGCAACAGGCAAAACUGCUUGAAGCACUGAAGAACGCGAUACAACUGGGACAGUCUGAGCAGCAACAGCAGGUGCUGCAGCAGAAAGAUUCGCAACUGGUGGAACCGGCGAAAUAGCUGAAACAGUUGGGACACU